UUUUACAGCUAUCUGGCAGAGGAGCUUGACGGACGCAGAGAUAUAAGAGGGAGAGGAGAAGGGAAGAACAUAUUUCUGCAAAUCCACACUUUAGCAGCUGAUUUUCACUACAGCACAGGACCUUUUGCCAUCCUCCUCAUCAUGCUGAGGAAGGGAGACAGAGAGGUCCUCCUGGAUCUGCACUCUGAGAGUGAAGCCCAAACCACAGAUGGAUAUGGGAGUGUGCACAACGGGAGCUAUAUCCCGCCUAGAUGUCUUUCAGCUGCAGCUGCUGACGAUGAUGAUGAUCCCAUUUAUAUGCACUGUAAUACAAAAAGUGACCAGUCGGUUCCACAGCUGGGGAAUUACUUCAGAGAUGGCAAAACCAAAAUUGACUUCGUACUCGUGUGGGAGAUUCGCUCGCGGAGGAAACGGCGAGGAAAAGGGAAGAGCGAGGUGACGGGUGAGGAGGGGGACGCAGCGCCCCCCGAGGAGAGCAGCCGCUCUGAACGCAGGAAGGCUCAGCUGGCUCAGUGGAGGGAGAAGUUUGUUCAGAAUCUGGAGAGUGCUGGAUUAGUCAUGGAAAAGGAGGAAACAUCGAAUGAAAAGAAAACAAUACACUUCCUUAAACUUAGCGCUCCUUGGGAUGUGUUGGUGUAUUUCGCUGAGGAACUCUGUCUCAGAGCUCCACUGCAGGCUCAGCAAAACCUGGACCUCAACACAUCUGCUCGGGUAAUGAAGAGACUAUGCAUACCUAACAUGAUGAUGGAGUCAGUGCCAAACAGGCCGCUGGACUAUUACACAUGUGCCUUUCGCAAGUCAAAGAUGAACAGGUUUCUUGGCUGUGACAACCAUGACACCUACUUCACGAACACGCAGAGACACCGUGUUGUGUAUGAGAUUCUUGCCAGAACGGUGUACGGCAAAAGGAAGAGGGCUGAGGUUGGAGUGGACAGACUUGUGAAUGAAGGCGUGUACACAGCGGCUUUCCCCCUGCACGAGGGCUCCUUCAAGCUUCCAAAGUGUGAGAUUCGUCCUGACGAGCUGAACCAGAGGCAGAUUCUUCAUCACUACUGGAGCCGCUGGUGCAAAUGGUACAAGUACCAGCCACUGGACCACAUCAGAGAGUACUUUGGAGAGAAGAUUGCACUUUACUUUGCCUGGCUGGGUUUCUACACAGCCUGGCUGCUGCCGGCCGCAGUGGUCGGGACCCUGGUCUUUGUGUCUGGAGUCAUGUCCAUGGGUACCAACACACCAGCUAAGGACAUCUGUACCAGCGGAGCGAGUUAUCUCAUGUGUCCUCUGUGUAACACAUGCAAGGCCUGGAACAUGUCUGAUAUCUGCACCAUGGCCAAGUUGGGCUACCUGUUUGACCACCCAGGAACCGUCCUCUUCAGUGUCUUCAUGUCCUUCUGGGCUGUAACCUUCCUGGAGUACUGGAAGAGAAAGAUGGCCACCCUGGCCCAUCACUGGGACUGCAUGGACUUCCAUGAAGAAGAGGAGCGUCCUCGUCCAGAGUUUGCAGCCAUGGCCCCGACGAUGGAGCCAAACCCAGUGACCGGAGUGAAAGAGCCGUACUUCCCAGAGAAGACCAGACUCGCCCGUGUGUUCACCGGCUCCAUGGUGAUCAUCAUGAUGCUGUGCGUGGUGAUGAUCUUCCUGGUGACGGUGGUCAUGUGCCGCGGGAUCAUCAGCUUGAUGAUGUUCCGCACCGGGAGCCCCGUCCUGCGUACAGAGGCAGGAACCAUAGCGAACAUCUGCAGCAGUAUAGUGAGUCUGGGCCUCAUCCUGCUGAUGGGCCGGGUCUACACUGCAUUAGCAGAGCAGCUCACUAAAUGGGAGAUGCACAGAACACAAACCCAGUACGACAAUGCCUUUAUCUUCAAGGUGUUCAUCUUCCAGUUUGUCAACUUCUACUCGUCCCCUUUCUAUGUAGCUUUCUUUAAAGGAAGGUUUGUGGGGUACCCUACCAACUACGGGACGUUGUUUGGGAUGAGAAAUGAAGAUUGUGGACCCGGGGGCUGCCUCAUUGAGCUGGCUGAGCAACUCUUCAUCAUCAUGGUGGGAAAGCAGCUCAUCAACAACAUUCAGGAGUUCAUUAUCCCUAAGGUGAAGGCCUGGAACCAGAAGAGAUCUUUGGCCAAGGUGAUGGGGGACAAGGCAUCCCAUGAGCCUCAGCGCUGGGAGGAAGACUACCAGCUGGUGGAGUGUGAAGGCCUGUUCGAAGAGUACCUGGAGAUGGUGCUCCAGUUUGGGUUCAUCACCAUCUUCGUGGCAGCAUUCCCCCUCGCCCCGCUCUUCGCCCUCCUCAACAACUGGGUGGAGAUCCGUCUGGACGCACACAAGUUUGCAUGCGAGUACCGCCGACCAGUGGCUGAGCGCGCCCAGAACAUCGGAGUGUGGUUCAACAUCCUUGAAGCCCUGUCACACCUGUCCGUCAUUGCCAACGCCUUCCUGAUAGCCUUCACAUCAGAUUUUUUACCUCGGCUGCUGUACCAGUUCAAGUUUGAUAAUGAUCUCAACGGAUAUGUCAACUUCACCUUGGCUUACGCCCCACUUAACUACACAGAGUACCCAAUGUGCAGAUAUAAAGCGUACAGAGACAACGAUGGAAACUACUCACUGUUCUACUGGGAGCUCCUUGCUGUCAGACUUGGCUUUAUCAUUGCUUUUGAGCACGUGGUAUUCUUCGUGCUGCGCGCCAUCGACUGGAUCGUUCCUGAUGUCCCGGGAUCCCUUGAGCUGAAGAUCAAGAGAGAGCGCUACCUGGCCAAGCAGGCUCUGGCCGAAAAUCAGGAGGCUCUGCUGGUGAGUCGAGGCCGAGGGGCCGCCCCCGCCUCUCCAGGCAGCUCCAGCCCAGGAAGCGACGCGUCCUUUGGAAACAUGAGUUAGGUCUACGAUGUGGGAAACCAGUGGUUGGAGGGGAUGUUGGAGUAAUUGAAGACACUUGUUCCCAUCUGGGAUAACAAGAGUGAACUUUUUCCCUGAGUGGAAUACUGUCUCUGCACUGGAAUUUUUCUUUUUCUUUUUUCUUCACCAAUGUGUUUACCGUUGCACAGAAAUGAUGAUUAGCUGGUGUGUAACGGAGGCUGAACUAACCCUAAAGUACGUUUUCAGGUCAACCCACUAAAAUUGUAAGACUUGUAUUCAUACUAGGUGUAUACAAAAAAUGACAUACCUAUACAUACUAGGUUAUGACCCUACAGUGACUGGGCCCUAGCCUGAGUAGACCCUAUGAGAAUGGAACAAAAAAAGUGUUAUUUAGUUUGAUGAUUCCCUGCCCCCAAUUUGCUGAAUCCUUCACCCAUCUCUGUUUUUUGUCAUGACAGAAAUUAAAAAAUACUGUCUAAUGAAAUGAAAUGAAAAUGAAAAGCAGCCAGUGCUGUGAUUAGUUGUGUUUUUAGUGGCUAACCAAAGUUGCAGCAUGAAUUGUUGAUGCUAUAUGAAGUUGUCUUGGGUCCAGUUAAAAAAAUCACUAACACCUACAUGCAGCAAUGUGUGUCACAAGUGUAGAGCCAAUAAUAAUACAUGGAUGUUCUAUGUUUUUUUAUGAAAUUCAAGAGUAGUCAAAGGUAAACAAUAGAGACCAGUUAAACACUGCUGCUCAGCCUGCUGUUAAGUUUAUUUUAAAGGGGCACUCCUGUGACUUAAGUGAAGUUGGUGCAAUGAAGCAAAGACUGACAGAGUCCUGGUGGGGAUCAAACUUCAAAAAACGCUGGCUGCAUAGAAACUCUCGUAAAAAUUAUCAUGAUCUUUUAAGCAAUAAUACUGCAUAACUGACCUUUUUGGCAUUAUAUUAACCUGUAGUAUCAAAAAUACUCAUAAUUGAGGAUAUUAUAAAAAAACAAAUAUUUACAGAUUGAUUUAAAAAUAAAAUCUCAAACCCAAUGAAAUCAACGUUAUUUCCUCAGACUUGACAAAGUCUGAUUAAAUGUUGAAAUUCAGGGGUGCCCCUUUAAGUUCAUUUUGGUUGUUUUGUUAUGUGCAAACUACCUUUUAUCUCUUAAAUACUGUAAGAGAGCAAAAAACAAACCUUUUUCCCAGUUUUUUUUAGACUGAUUGUAAACUGUUAUUAACAAACAUUAUCUGUUGUCUUCGAUGUGAUGAAGAACUCAUGCAAAUAUCUAGACCUUCAUGAUGCAAUGCAAUGUAUGCAAUGUAAAUACACGUAUACGGUACAUGUUUGCUGUCUUCGGAAGAUGAGCAUGUUUGUUUUUUCUACUUGAACGUUCUGCAGAGUUGCAUAGGGACAAUUUGCUACUGUAACACACUGUAAAAAGGAGUGGAAUAGUACCUCGAUGUAGGAAAUAUUUUGUGUGAGCUGUUUUGCAUUUAGGACCUUUUAGACCAAAAUAAAUGUAGUUUGAUGAAUGCAUACUGUAUGCCUCCUCAGCGUGGGAUUCUGAAAAGAAUGCUGAUGUGUCAGCUGUUCUCACUUUGCUGUAGGGAGGAACUAAAUGUCAAAGCUGAACCAUCUCGACUCUUUUUUCUCCAAAACAGCCAUCCAAAGAGACCUGCAGACAGGGCUUGCAGGAAGAGUGAGUUAGUACUUGUCAGCGAGCGCAGGUAUGCACUGUGGACACCGGCUGCUGGGGCGAGGAGGAAGACGCUUGUAUGCAGGGGCUGCAGAGCAAGGCUCCAGAUCAGCCACAAGGGGGAGGCGGCACGGUGAACAAGAACAAGGAGAAGAACCGGGCAGAAGAUUUUAAAGAGUUUCUGCUGGGUUAGAAAACAAAGACACUGAAG